AUGGCAUCAUCACUCCGCUCAAUGCGCAGCAUCCUGCGAGCGCCAGCCCAAGCCCGGCCACAGACCAUCAGCCCCCAACAGCGCCUCCUCUCGCCGGCCGCCGUGACAAGGGGCCUCCACAGCUCGCCCCGCCCGCAACUCCCCUACAAGGACGACCAGGACCGCGAGUCGCUCAAGCCCAAGUCCACCGAGGGCAGCAAGAGCGGCACCGACCACGACGCGGCCGAGUCCAGCGCCGCGUUCGACCCCUCGACCACGAGCCCCGAGGGCGCCAAGGCCAAGGCCGAGGGCGAGGGCGGCGGGAACCCGCUCGAGACGAGCGGCGCGAACCACGACAAGUCGAAGCCCCUCGGGGACAAGGGAGGACCUGAGAUGCACGGCACGGCGAGGCACGAGACCAAGAAGUCGAGCCACGGGCACAGCCCCGAGAAGAAGGGCAAGGUGUAG